CUAUAAAUCCCAAAGUCGGUUCUGAACAACGGGAAUCUUCAGCCAAACUAAUCGGAACACUGGCCGGCCGACGAGCUUCGUCUCCACGCAACGAUACGAACCGACUUUGUGAUCCUUCCCAUCUCCAAAUCGAUUGGAAGAACUGAAGAAUUUUCGCCCAAUCUUCAAGACCUCGAUCGAUUUAAAAAACGAAGGAACCAGACAAAUCAGGAAUGGCGCAGGCCAGCAAAGAGCCCUGUAAGAAACAAGCUUGCGAUAUUCAAGCUUGUCUCUCCAAGAACAAUUUCCUACCACAAAAGUGUGUCAAAGUCAUUCAGUUGCUGCAGUAUUGCUGCGAGCAAUGUGAAUAUAAAUCAACGCAUUGCGCCUCUGUCUCCAGCCUUCUGAAGCAAAUCAACAAGUAAACGUCGGGCGUUCAACCUCAAGCCACAAAAGUGAAUGGCGAAAACCCAAACCCAAACCCCUACAAAGAUUUUGUGGAAAGUAGGAUUUUCAUACACAAAGGCUUGUCAAAUGAACAGGAAAAUUAGAGCUCAAUACGACCGCUCGCUCUGGCUUCACUAGAAGUUUUUUGUUUGGACGUCCUCGGAAAUUCUUACAUCAAAGUAGGAUAAUCAACAUUGAUAGCAUCUAGCAUAUGAAAGAUAUGAAUUUGCUUCUUGUUAAAGAAAAAUGUCUUAUUUUCCUAUUGUCCGCAUUUCACAUUUUUAAGAAUGUCAUAAUAAAAUUAUAUCCGACGCCUCCA